CUCAACGUCUGCGACUUGCUUCCGACAUUUGCUGCGGCCAUAAAAAAAUGAUUCUGCUCCUCGGGAAGUGACUACAUCGCCCAUUUGUGAACGAAUCAACUAACAUACCACGCCGUGGAGCAACUCAACGCAAGCGCGAGCGUGAUAUCGUUGAAAAGUGAAUUCAAAUGUAAACGAAGUGUCAGUGGAUAAAGAGCAACAUUAGAAGCAGUGUGAAACGAAGCGACGGCCAACGCAAUGGAACUGAAAUCGCAUAUAAUUUAUAAAUAAAUUCGUUGUUGUAUGUAUUUCGCGAAUGCGAUCGCAGAAAUUUUGCUAUCCUAAAGAAAACUUGUAAAAGUGUAAUUAUACUAAACAAAAAAAAUUAAAUUAAAUAAAAACGUGGUAAUUGAUGGUAAGAAUUCACUACUGAAAUGCAACUACUGUGAAGUAUGGCAAAUUCGUAUUGAAAAGCAAGGCGAGAGGACAAAAACGCUAAAUGUACUAUAACCUUUUUUGACAUUGAACGGCAGCAGCGGCAACUGCAACAACAAGAAAAUACAUAAGUAGGAAGGGGCCGAUCAUUGGCAUUGGUAUUGGAGCAAGCCUAGCAAAUCGCAGGAGACAAAAGCACGGGAACGAUUUCAGCAGACUUUUAGUCAGACAGACAGCCAGAUAUCUUUAAGAGACAGCUGAUAGUAUUUAUAUUUAUAAAUAUAAGAACAUAGAAUAGAAAAGUAUUCGAAUGGUUCUAAUAGUAAAAUUAUUUACGGAGAAAGAGUGUUUUCUACCUUCAUUACAAAAUACUAUUACCAUUACCUUGUUACGAGCAGCAAAAAAUAUAAUAUUUCUGUUCCAACACCGAAAUUAAGAAAGGGCAACAGCACUUUGUUUUGUAGUAAUUACAAGAGUUUAUAGAAUUGUGUAUGUAAUUGUAAUUGUGAUUACAAGAAUUGAAGAAAUGUUUGUAAACCAACAAUGCAUCCAAUAGGAAUAGGAGUUUCUGCCAAUUGGAGGUGCUGGCUUCAGUGGAAUUCAAGUACACAUCAACGUUUUUGACGUUCUCCCUUGCUUCGAGCGCGCGUCAACGCCUUCUAUCAAGUGUAGGCAAGUGUGAAAAUUUGAAUGAAAAUUCACAUAUUCGUACGAAAAGCUUUGUGUUGUUGUGUAAUCGUGCAACUAUUCUAACAAGUUGCCUAAAGCCGCAAAAUUAUUGCGAUAAAAAAUGGAAAAAAAACCUAUUUCCGAAACAAAAUGUAUAGAAAAACAUACAUACUAACGACACCGCGCUGCUCUUAUUGAAUCACGUGGAAUAAAUUAACAAUUAAAAUAUUUCCAUUGUGGAGUGUUGUGCUAAAUAAAACUUACCUAUUUAUUGGUUUAUUAAUUGCAAAAAUUGUUUUUAGUAUACCAGCGAAGACAUCCAUUGAGUGCAAUAGCUAUCACAAACGCUUCGUCGUUAUAAAUAAAAUAAAAACUAAAUAUUUAAAGCUGCAAAAAUCAAAAUCCAGUCGACUCACAACGUCUAAUGGGGUUUAGUUACUAGUUGGCACAGUUAACUGGUUGACGGUAUAGAAUAUCACUGAUUAGACGCCUACUUACUACACUAUCUAUUCGGAACUUAUUGGAUUAAAAUAAAACUCGAAUAUAAAACAAGUGCGCACAGAAGAGAUUACUUUUUACAUUUUGAAAUUUGACCGGCAAAAUUCCACCAGCACCAAUGGCUAAGGACGAGGAGGAAGAUGAUGUUUUGCCCGAUAAGGAUGCGGCCAAGGGCUUCUACGCGAAAUAUGAACCCAAAGAGAUAUUGGGAAGGGGGAUCAGUUCCACAGUGCGCCGCUGCAUUGAAAAGGAGACAGGCAAAGAAUUUGCCGCAAAAAUCAUAGAUCUUGGCGCCGCUACCGAAGCCGGCGAUACGAAUCCAUAUCACAUGCUUGAAGCCACAAGGCAGGAAAUAUCAAUACUCAGACAAGUUAUGGGGCAUCCCUAUAUAAUUGAUCUACAGGAUGUCUUCGAAUCGGACGCUUUCGUCUUUUUAGUAUUUGAGUUAUGUCCAAAAGGCGAACUCUUCGAUUACCUCACCUCGGUAGUAACGCUGUCCGAGAAGAAGACUCGCACAAUUAUGCGACAAAUAUUUGAGGGUGUCGAGUAUAUACACUCGAAAAACAUUGUGCAUCGUGAUUUGAAACCCGAAAAUAUUCUCCUCGAUGAAAAUCAUAAUGUUAAGAUAACAGAUUUUGGCUUCGCGCGGCAGCUGAAGGGCGAUGAAAAGUUGGCAGACCUUUGUGGCACGCCCGGUUACUUGGCACCGGAAACACUAAAAUGUAAUAUGUUUGAGGGGUCGCCAGGCUAUUCCAAAGAAGUUGAUAUUUGGGCCUGCGGCGUCAUUAUGUUCACAUUGCUAGUUGGUUGUCCACCGUUUUGGCACCGCAAACAGAUGGUCAUGCUGCGCAAUAUAAUGGAGGGCAAAUAUAGUUUCACCUCGCCCGAAUGGGCUGAUAUAUCAGAGGAUCCAAAGGAUCUGAUACGCAAAUGUCUAGUCGUCGAUCCUGCGAAACGAAUCACAGUGAAGGAAGUAUUAAAGCAUCCAUUCUUCAACCAGAUGUUAUUCGAGCAAAAUAUCGAUGGACUGAAGCGCAGCCUAUCCACCAAAUCUAGGAGAAUGAGUCGCAUCAAUGACAUUGCACUGGUUUUAUGCCCUGAAUCGUCGUCAGAUGGCCGCACCACUUAUCAUCUUAAAUCGCAAAAUAUACGCAACACACUUAGCAAUGGCAAUCAGUUAUUUUAUGAUGCCAAUUUUAAUAAAACUCGGACGAGCUACAGCAACAACAUACAACAUUCCCCUAAUUCCAACUAUAACUCUAACAACAACAACCGCAUCAGCAUGACAAACUUGUACUUAAGUAAACAAGCGAAUAAUCAUAGUAAUACAAAUACUCCUUCCACAACCUCUUCAAAAUUCACAGCAGCUUUUUCAAAUUGUACUACUUAUAACCAAAGCAAUUAUCAAAGUAAUGGUGGCAAUAUGUUUAUAAAUUUCACGGCUGGUCCGGAUACGUUUUCAGCAACAAAAACAUAUAAUAACAGUAUUGGCAAUGCGGCGCCGACGCAGACGCCGACGCCAUUUGCAAUGCAAGAGCAACAGCAACAGCAGCAGUUAUAUCGGCAAAAACCGCAACAGCAGCAACAACAACAAGCAUAUGAACAACAGCUACGCAAACAAAGCCGCUUUAAUGCGCGGAAAAAGUUCCAAUUCGCUAUUUUGGUUAUACGCGCGAUGAUCAGGAUACGCCGGUUACGCUACACCGCCGAGCCCCUGCGCGUUGAAGAGGCUAUACGCGAUCCAUAUCGGGUCAAGGUGCUCCGUAAGGUCAUUGAUGGCUGCGCCUUCCGCGUCUACGGUCAUUGGGUGAAGAAGGGUGAGGGUCAGAAUCGUGCCGCUCUCUUCGAGAACACCCCACGCACAGAGUUGCAUGCGCUCUACAUCAACAAUUUAAGUCGAUAGUUUAAUGACAGACUAAAUACUACAUACAUAUUAAUAUCUAGAAUGGUAUAACGCGGAGUAGUGCGGAGAAAGACGAAAUUGGAAAAAAGUGCUGAAACUUGUAACAUGAAAUUUUCAAUCAAAACCAAACCACAUAUUUUUUUUGCUAUUAGCAUUUAGCGAAAUGAAGAAGGAAUUUAAUUUAAGUUGAUAAGUGAGCUUAUAACAAAUUUAUUGAAUUCAAACAUGUUAUGGUUUUUACUUUUUCGUUUGCACUAUUUCAAGUGUAGUGACUUUAUUUAAAAUUAUUUAAGUAUUAAGAAAGUUAUAGUUAGAAAAUACGUAGAGGACCAAUCCUAAUUAUUGACUUCUGCACUUCAACUGAGUACUAUAGAAUUGUUUUGGUUUGUAAUUUCUUAAAAUUCGUAAAAAACAAGAAAACAGGAAUGAAAUACAUAUAAAAAUGUGCGUGGAAUGCAUACGUAUAUGAACUAAUAUUAAUGCAUUGCUUAACACCUUUGCUUUAGUUUGUAUUAUUUAUAUAGUUUAAUUAUAUUAAUAAUUGAAGCUUUGUAUUAUUAAGUAGAAAAAAAGAGAAAGAAAAUAAAUGAAAAGAAGAGAACACCUAAGCAAAUUAUGCGGUACCAAAUUAUUUAAAAUUUAAAUUUUUAUUAACUAAUAUAAAUACUAAAAUGCAAUUUAAAUAGAUAUUAAAAGCUGAAUACAGCGGUGCAAAAAACAGAAAAAACAAACAAAAACCAUUUGAAGAUAUGUAUAAUAAUAAUUUUACUUAAGUUAAAUAUUGUACAUUUGUAUGAGCGUGAAAAGCAAAAAGAGAAAGACAAAUGCAUUGUGGUAAAUGCACUUUUACGCAAUUUAUAUAGUUACUAUACCACAUACAUACAUACAUGAUGGAUGUGCUACCAGAAGCUGCGUACUUUUUAAUACAUACACACAUAUAUUUUAUUGCGCAAAAUGCUUAUUUAUACAUACAUGAAAAUGUUAUAUAAAUAUUUUUUUAAUUUGCGCAUAUAACGAGCAAACUGUUACACAAUAGUUAAAACUCACACACGCAUACAUAUGUAUGUAGCUCACUAUACUCAUUUAUAGAAAGAAAAAAAUUGUUCUAAAAUAUUGAACGCAAAACUGA